AUGGCUUUGAAUGUCAGCUUGUGCUUCGCCGGGCUGGCAACAGACCUAUACAAUGUGACGAUGUCUACUACGACUGACCCGAAAGAGCCCGAAGUUCGAUGGGACCCAUUAUACAGCCAGGAUGGGGCUGAGCCAGGACAAGUCUUCAUGGGCACGACUGGCUCUCAUCUGAGUGCUGCGGAAAGAGGGAUCCUGUCCAUUUCGGACUUCAGGCACACGGAUGGCCUGAAGGCCGAAGAUAUCCUGCCUCAGUUCGAUGUCUCUGCCGACAUCGAUGUCACCUUUUCCACUCAGCUCAGGAUCCCGAGGCACUGGGGAGGACUGAUCUCGGCUCUGGUUAUGGUCAUUUUGAAUCUGAUCUGCGUAUGGGCAAUCACGGUGUUCAAUCGGGUCACGGAUGAGAAGGUUGAGAAGCAGUUGAAGGCGGAUGACUACUUGGUCUUUACUGGGAGGCCCAAGGGCUCCGAAAAUGUCCCUGUGCUCAGAUGUUAG